GACCCCAGUGAUGAAUGAUGGACUAAGAUGUGGGAGAGCCUGUGGAACUCCAACUGGUCCCUGGAUGAGAAACCACCGGCCUUCAUUGUCAAUCAGCAGGUUCGCCAUGGGAUAGCAGUGAUGCUAUCACUUGCUCGUAUUGAGGAAGAAAAGUGCAGGCUUGCCUGAGAAGAACUUAAUGCACGUACCUGGAUCAUCCAAUCGGUGGACUCGUUGAUUCGAAUCAUGGACAAUAUCCAUCCCCUAUUCAACCACCGAUUGCAACUACGCUUAAGGUUGUCCCUCAAAUGCUGUGAUACGAUCGUAAACGGUCCAUUUCCCAACAACAAUCUAUGGCGUGCAUCAGCACACUAUCUACUCACAAACUUAGAGCAUCCUGAUGCCAAUGCUAUGCCUUCCUUCUGCCUUCUCCCACCGUCUUCCACCACUCUACCCUCAGAAAGUAAUGACAUUGACCCUGAAGACGAUGCUGAGGCCAGAAACGAGCUAAGUGCCCUUAAUGGGCUUAUUAGGAUGAGUCCUGAGCCGGACAUAGAUGCUGAUCAUGCUGACCCCGACCUGCCUACCGACGCAGCUAGUGGCCUGGGAAAUGCUCUCGACCCUGAGGUGGCCCCAAGCCAUGUAGAUGACACGCUAGAAGCAGGGCCAGAUGGCGCAAUUGACCUUGCAGGGAAUGUCAAAACAUUCAGAGAGCCUCUUGCCAAUUUGGCUCCACCUCCUACGGCUAUUUGGCAUAAUCAAUCAGGAGAUGCAAAUAAUUCCAGCAGUAAUGAGAACAUUGAAGAGAUGUUCUGGAAUCAGAACCCUCGUCCUCAGAGCCUUCCCCCAAUUUCAACGAUCUUUGAUGCUAUACGCUCGCCCAGCAAAUCCUCUCAGCAACAAAAGCCAACGAAAAUUUGGAAGGAAAUAAUGGAGUUGUAUUUGCCUAAAGAAUCAGGAAGAAUGGUGAAACAAGACGGCCAGACAAGAUACUACAAACACAUCACAAUCUUCCCCGAUGCACUAGUAAUGGCCAAUCACUGGCAGCUGAUAGAUGGCACGAUAAUUGAUGCGUACAUUGAGAUGCUGAAAGACCUCACUGACAAAAACCUGUGGGACCUGCUCAGUACCACCCGACCCCAAGUGAUCAUGUUUCCUACCCAGUGUGAGGGAAUGUGACAUCAUUUGGCAGUUCGCCUAUUGGAUCGAGCAACAAAAAAGAUUCGAACUGAUCUUUUUGAAGCAACCAGUUGGACAGUCCCAUGCUAUUCAAGGAAGUGCUGCCACUGGCUUCUUGGUGUUGUGAACUUUGAAGAGCAAGAGCUGCGCUAUCUUGACAGCAAACCCAUCCCCGAAACCUCC